ACUGAAGUCAUACGAAAGCAGAGAAUAAUAAAAUACAAUUUUCAAUUUGACGCUUCAAAAAUCGAAGUCCAAUAAGUAUUACCUGUAGAAAAUUGGAACCGACAAACGAAAACCCAAAAUUUCCGUUCCUUUUCUCGUUGUUUUCUCAUCUCUGAACCUCCAGCAACCUCUGAUUUUUCCGUUUCUCUCUCUGGACUCUCUCGGCCAAUACCGAUGUGUUUUCUCCAACUGCUGCAUGGCCUUUGUGGCUGAUCUGAUUUAAAUGGAAGAAGUUUGUGAUCGCAUUCUCCGUGUAUAUCAGAUCUUUGCUGGGGAUUAACAGUGCAAUCCUCAAUGGUAAACCCAAAGCUGUCUCACCAUCCAACUAUAUGCUAUAGGCCUAUACAACCCUCCGACCUUGAGGUUUUAGAGCGAAUCCAUGGGGAUUUGUUUCCCAUCCGGUACGAGUCUGAGUUCUUCCAAAAUGUUGUCAAUGGACGUGAAAUUGUAUCAUGGGCUGCCGUUGACCGCAGUCGGCCAAACGGUCAAAGUGAUGAACUUAUUGGAUUUAUAACUGCACGAAUUGUUCUUGCAAAAGAAAGUGAGAUAACGGAUUUGCUAAGAUAUGACUCAUCAAAAUCAGAUCAAACUUUAGUCUACAUUUUGACGGUGGGAGUAGUAGAAGCCUAUAGAAAUUGUGGCAUAGCUUCUGCAUUAAUUCGGAAGGUCAUAAAAUAUGCAUCAAGUAUCCCAACUUGCCGAGCAGUUUACCUGCAUGUCAUAUCUUACAAUAAUCCUGCAAUCCAUUUGUACAAGAAAAUGUCAUUCAAGUGUGUAAGGAGGUUGCAAGGUUUCUACUUAAUCAAUGGUCAGCACUGUGACUCGUACUUGUUUGUGUACUAUGUAAAUGGCGGUUGUUCUCCUUGCUCACCACUAGAGCUUGUUACUGUCAUGGUAAGUUACAUGAGGAGUCUUCUCAAGACUCUGACUACAAAGCUAAUCAAGAAUGAAGAUAGGAAGGUCCCAAAAUGGCCGAAAUGCAAAGAAACCAAUUCUCUUGUAUUAGCAACCCAAAACAGAAGAAUUUCGACCGCUGAAUGUUCCGUGUACGAGUGUGUUUGAUUGUUUACUUCCAUAGAAAAGAGGUAUACCUCUCUGCCUCCCUCCCCGCCUGCUUUCCUUUAUGUGUACUUGCUCAUAAAACCUUGAUGUGGUCUUGUUAUAAUAAACUCUUAACGUUC